UGGGACAUGGGCUGUUAAGUGUUGACUCUCGGAGUAAAACUGGUACAUUGGGCCCGGAAGGAUCUAAAGAGCUUCGCGGUCCUAAGACUAACAACAAAAAACAGGUACUAUCAUACUGCUGUUAAACUGCCUGUGGCCUUGUGGUGCUUAUCCAAUUACCCGCAAGAUUUGUGGUGUGUUGUGAACUGCACUGGUCCUGCUCCUGGUCUGUGUUUGCCUCCUUGCUAGUUACGCACCACAUUAACAGUCCACACUGCCAGUGGCUCAUUGACUAACGCUGAGUUGUUCAUCAAAUUGGUUAAGGAAAGACACUACCCAGUCAGCCUUCCAGUAACACACAAUGAAGACAAAGAAAGCAUCCAAAUGCCCUGGCCAGUCCAGUAUUGACAGUAGUGGAAUUGUAAAAAAGACCAACAAGAAGAAAAUGAAGUUUUUGGCUCAGAAUAUGUCUAGUUGCAAUGAAGUGAUAGAAGCCAUGGAGGCAGGCUCUGCUGUUGCCAUGUCAUCUUUAUAUCCUAAGAGCAACAAACAAAAGAAGAGCAAAAUGAAAAAUUCAGAAAAGCUUGCUGACAGUGCCACCAGUGAUUUAUCAAAUGUCAUGGAAUUGCAGAUGAAGAAUGGCAAUGUUGAUGUAAAAAAUUAUCCAGACAUCACACAUAUGCCUGCAGACACCAGCCUCAGUGAAGUAUUACCCAAGACCAAGAAAGUGCUGAAAAAUAAUCAAGCCAACUUGCAAGCACUGACAGAGAACUCAAGUGGUGCCAACAAGAAGAAUAAGAAGCAUAAGAAAGCCAAGAUGAAUGUGUUUGGGAUGCCAGAAAGUAAUGAUGAAAAGGAGCAGAGGACAAUAUUUGUGGGCAAUGUGAACACCAAGACGACGAGGAAGAGCCUGACACGUUUUUUCAAUAAAUAUGGCAAGGUGGACGCGGUCAGACUACGAUGUGCUGCUGUGCCUACUCCAGGCACCACCAAGAGGCAGGCUGUCAUCAUGAACAACUUUCAUGAAAAACGAACGUCUCUGUCUGCAUAUGUGCGCUUCACUGAGAGAGCCAUGGUGGAGGCAGCUCUCAAGGCUAAUGGUGCUGAGCUGGACGAGAAGCAUCUACAUAUUGACCGCAGCCAAGGAUCUAACAGGAACACCAAGCUGGCUGUGUUUAUUGGCAACUUGGCAUUUGAGGCUGAGGAGGAGGCUCUGCGCUCACAUUUUGCCAGCUGUGGAGAGAUGGAAAGUGUCCGCAUUGUGAGGGACAAAAAGAUGUCAUCUGGCAAAGGAUUCGGCUAUGUUAACUUUAUGUCUGAGGAUGCUGUUGAGAUGGCACUGCAGAUGGAUGGCAAAAUUUUCAUGCAUCGGCAGCUGCGUGUGCAGCGAUGUGCUAAACAGGGAAAGAAAGGCCAAAAACCAAUGUUUAAGACUCGAGGAAAGAAAGGACUCAGCUUUAUGAAGAAUAAACCUACUUCAACUAAAACUUCAAAAAAACAGCUGAAUUUUACUGGAAAAAAAAUGAUGGAAACAAAGAAGUUUAAAAAGAUGAAAGCAAAGGCAAAAUUCACCAGAGAGGACAGGAAGAAGAAAGCCAUUGCUCACAAGUUGGCUGGAGUGAAGUGAAGGCAGAGGGUGUAAAAUGUCUUCACAUACAGUAAAUAAAAAAUAAAAGAAAUGUG